AUGGUCGAUUGUCCGUCGAUGACCUCCUGCAACCCCGGCCACAAACCCCUGUGCGCCAGGAAUGCGCAGGGCCACGUCCGUUCGUUCAACAACCCUUGCGUCAUGAGAGUGAUUAAUUGCAAGGAAAGGACAGUUUUUGCGCUGAUCGUGGCCGCCUUUGCCUCUGACUGCCCCACAGUUUGCACUUCAGAGUACAGACCAGUCUGCGCCAGAAAUACCCUUGGCGAAGUAAAAACGUUUGCAACCCUUUGCACUCUGAAAGCACAGAACUGUCUCCAGAAAACUGAUUUUGCGUUCGAAAAAGAUGGAGCGUGCUAG